UAUUUCCAGAAGAUAUGUUUACAACAUAAACGUGAAAUUAUUUAAACAUAGUUUAGAUUUCUGGUCUCUUCCAUCUCCGGAUUUGGUCAGUAAAGUUGGGCUAGAUGGUACUACGGUGGUACCUGGCCAAUUUUAAGUCGGCGUUUAGACUUUAGAAAUCUUCCAUUGUUACUUGUUAAAUUUGUUUUGACGUUUUUUACUGGUUACACUCUAUCCCGAUUUAUAAUUGAUUAUUGAUGAAUUUACAAUAAUUAUGAAUUAUGUCGAUGUAGAGAAAUAAUGAACUCAUAAAACUAUCAUAGUAGUUUUUAAAUUUUUUUUUAAAAAUAUUCUGUCCGUGAUACAACGAAAUUCCAAGUUCUCGGAGGUAUAUCGUUUUUCGCGAGUUGUCGACUCGCCCAGUCAGCAGUCACCCAGUGCGAUGGGUCGAAGGAAGAGUAAAAGAAAGCCGCCCGCGAAAAGGAAAGCUAUUGAACCUCUGGACACGCAGUUUAAUUGUCCGUUUUGCAAUCACGAAAAAUCAUGCGAAGUCAAAAUGGACAAAAGUCGAAACGUGGGGAAAGUGUAUUGUCGUGUUUGCCUUGAGUCAUUUCAAACGACUACAAGCUUUUUAUCAGAACCAGUUGACAUAUAUAAUGACUGGGUUGAUGCCUGUGAAGCAGCUAAUUGAUAACGGGUGGCUACUUCUGUAAACAAGACAAAAAUUAAACAACAAAUUGAUGCCAAAACAAUCUUGAAAUCUGAUAUAUCAAGUCUUUUUUUCUAAGUAAUAUAUCAAUAUUGUUGUAGUCACCCUACACAACUUAUAAAAUUAUAUAAUAUUUUAGUUAUAUGUAAUUUUAUUUUAAAUACCUAUAUGACUUUAUUUUCAUUAUAAGAAGUAUGGUAAACUUAAUCUAUUUUUCUAUAGAUUAACAAAAAAAUUGGGAGUUUUAUGAAAUAAAUUAAUAUUAUUGAUUUACUAUUUUUCAAUUUGCUUGUGAAUAAAAAAAUUAUAUCUGUACCUAAAAAAGUAUUUUGUAUUUUUUUUUAAAUAUAUAUUUUAGUAUUUUGUUAUUUACUAAUUGGUCAUUUUUCUUUUUAAAUUUAAAAUAUCAU